AUGGCAUUGGAAAGGUUGUCAAUUAGAGACAGAACAACAGUUGGCCGAUUCCCAGAAGUCACUCUGGGUUGGGAUGAAGCACAACCAGACAAAGAGGAGUUGGUGGAGAAAGAGGAGGGGAGGUGUCGUAGGUGGCUACGUAAAGUCUGCCCUUGCUGUUGCCGCAGAGGGAGUGACGAUGAUAAUGUCACAGAUAUAGUGGUCACAGAUGACGGAGGAGAAAAGCCUCCAAUCGAUGGCCAUGAGCUGGAUGACCUGAUGCUGACAGUGCGUUCCAUAGAUCUUCUUAAAUCCAAAUCCGGCCCAAACUGCACGGAGCACCACACUGACCGUUACCAUGGUGACAACCUUAUCAUUCGCAGAGGGCAAACAUUUCAGAUGUGGCUGGAGCUCUCGCGACCAUAUGACCCAAAGACAGACAAACUUCACCUGGAGCUGAAGAUGGGCCACCUUCCAGUGGUGUCAAAGGGAACCCAUGUCAUCAUCCCAUUGGUGGAGGAGUUAGAAGAUGAACGCUGGGAAGCUAAGAUUGUCGAGAGGAGUGGUAGCCGGCUGAGACUGUCUGUCAACUCCUUGCCAACAGCAGUGAUUGGUCGAUACAAAUUCACGGUGGUGACGCAUAGUCCCAAGGGCGAGAGCACUUCAGCAUACGACCCUGCCAACGAUAUCUAUAUGCUGUUCAAUCCAUGGUGUGAAGAUGACAUUGUGUAUAUGGAUAAUGAAGAAGAGAGGAAAGAGUAUGUUCUGAAUGAUGUAGGCAGAAUUUACUAUGGCACAGAGAGCCAAAUUGGGGCCAGAACGUGGAACUUUGGACAGUUUAAUGAGGGGAUGCUGGAUGCCUGUCUGUAUGUUCUGGAGAAGAGCGGUGUACCUGAAUCCGGUUGGGGUGACCCGGUGAAUGUUGUCAGAGUCAUUUCUGCCAUGAUUAACUCACCCAACGAUGGUGGGGUGUUGGAGGGGAACUGGUCAGGUAACUACGCAGGUGGCACUUCUCCCACUGUGUGGAGUGGCAGUGUGGACAUUCUCAAACAGUACUAUCAGAGCAAAGGAUCCACUGUCAGAUACGGCCAGUGCUGGGUCUUCUCUGGGGUCACCACCACAGUGAUGAGGUGUUUUGGAAUCCCCUCUCGCAGUGUUACAAACUUUAACUCAGCCCAUGACACCGAUGUGUCCUUGACCACAGACAUUUAUCUGGAUGAAAACUUGGAGCCCAUUGAUGCUCUCAAUGCUGACUCAGUCUGGAACUUUCAUGUGUGGAAUGACUGUUGGAUGGCUCGUCCAGACCUGCCUCCAGGUAUGGGGGGUUGGCAGGUGGUUGAUACCACCCCACAGGAGACCAGCCAGGGCCUGUUCCGCUGUGGCCCAGCCUCUGUCGCCGCCGUACGCAACGGCCACGUCUACCUCAAACACGACACGCCUUUCGUUUUUGCAGAGGUGAACAGUGAUAAGAUCUACUGGCAGAGGAAUGCUGAUAGCACUUUCACUCAGAUUCACAGUGAGAAAAACGCUGUGGGCCAUUUCAUCAGCACCAAGGCUGUGGGUUCAGACGAACGCGCUGACAUCACACACCUCUACAAAUACCCAGAAGGCUCAGAGGAGGAGCGGAUCGCCGUGGAGACGGCCUGUCGCUACGGUACUAAGCCACACACUUACUCUUCCCCCACCGCAAAGGACGUGACCAUUGAGGUGACAAUGGAGGGUGAGGGUCCUCGGAUGGGCAACGAUGCUGAGCUGACCAUUACACUUCAAAACACAAGUGCGCAGUCACGCAGUGUCACAAUCCACAGCCAGGUGUCAGUCAUGUACUACACGGGCGUGCUGAAGGGAAUUGUCAAGAAGGACAAGGUUCCAAUCGAACUCCAACCAAAUGAAGUUCAAACUUUGGAGUGGGGCCUUCUGUACAAGGAUUACCAAGACCAGCUAGUGGACCAGGCUGCACUGAUGCUCAUGCUGUCAGGCCGCGUCAACGAAACCAAACAGGUUCUGGCCACUCAGUUCAUCUUCCGGCUCCGGACCCCAGAUCUUGCCAUUACUCCCGUUGGAGCUGCUGUUGUAGGGAAAGAGAUGGCGGCUAAGAUUGUGUUCACAAACCCACUUCCACGCACGCUGAAGAAUGUGGUGUUCCGUGUGGAGGGGCUAGGGCUCCAGAACGUACGAGAGAUUUCGUACGGUGACAUAGCCAGCCGCUCUACUGUAAGUCUGACAGAGAAGUUUGUUCCCACGCUGCCAGGGCCCCGGAAGCUGGUGGCCUCCUUGCACUGUCGGCAACUCACCCAAGUUCAUGGAGUGGCUGACAUUGUGGUGAAGGAAAAGUGA